AGAGGGAGGGGGAGAGCGAGUGGGGGAGGGCGAGGGAGAGCGAGAGAAAGAAAGAAAGAAAGGAAGGAAGAAAGAAAGAAGAUGUCGGAAGCAGUAGAGGGCGUGGUGGUUGCUGCUGCUGCUGCGGUGGAGAAGCUGUGUCGGCGAUGCAAGCAACGCUUCGAUCCCCCCAAAAACACGCCCGCCUCCUGCAGGUUCCACCCUUCCUUCUUCGUUUGCCGACGCCACGACGACCAGAAGAGGUACUACGAGCUUGGACCGGAUGAUCCGCCUUAUGCGGCCAAGUUCUACGACUGCUGCGGCGCCGAGGAUCCAGACGCCCCAGGUUGUUCUACGGACUUCCAUGCCUCUUAUGAUGAUGAUGCUUGAUUGAUUAUCUCCGUUACUUAAUGCCUACACAAAGUUAACUAGUCUGUUUUGUAAUAUGUUUGUGUUGCUGUAAUUUUUGUGCAGUUGAUCAUUUGAAUGAAUGUGUAAGCGAAGUCGGUGCGAAUUUCCCUACCAGAAUGUGCUAAUACUGUCCUUGUGUUGAUGUUAUAAAAUUAUUCGGGAUUCGGGAACAAUGUAAUUGUAGUAAUCCAAUCGAUGUGUUUGAUUUUGGUCGUGUUAGA